AAUGGGCCUGCUCAAACCGCCUUUCACCUUUGAGAAAUCCGAGCCCAACCAUUUUAACGUUUCUGAGCUCGCAAAGCAAACCAGCAGAUUCGCAGGAGAACCCGUUUUCACCGGACAACUCCGGCGGGUCAUCUGGUUUGGGUGACUCGCUCUCUCUCAGCCUUGGCUUGGCUUGGCUUGGCUUUGCUUUGUUGAAAUCAAGCAAACAAAGAACAAACACAGAAGACAAUAAUACCAAUGGGCGACACACCCACCGAUGGGGAUUUGCUUCUCAAGAGCUUCUUCGCCGAAGUCAGCGAAGUCGAGAGAGACAACGAAGUCAUCAGGAUUCUAUCAUGCUUCAAGUUGAACCCUUUUGAGUAUUUAAACCUAUCAUUUGAUGCAUCGCCAGAAGAAGUGAAAAGGCAGUAUCGAAAGCUAUCAUUGCUGGUUCACCCUGACAAAUGCAAGAAUCCACAGGCUAAGGAGGCAUUUGGAGCAUUGGCAAAAGCUCAACAGUUAUUGCUUGAUGAACAAGAGAGAGAUUAUAUUCUUAGUCAAGUAAAUGCAGCAAAAGAAGAACUCAGAAUGAAGAGGAAGAAGCAGUUGAAGAAAGAUACAGCUUCUAAAAUUAAGUCAUUAAUUGAAGAGGGGAAGUAUGACCAGCACUAUGAAAAGUCAGAGGAGUUCAAGCAAGAACUGAAGUUAAAGGUUAGAGAAAUAUUGACGGAACAAGAAUGGCGGAGGAGAAAAAUGCAAAUGAGGAUAUCAGAAGAGGAAGGUAGGUUGAAAAAGGAUGAAGAAGAAACCAAAGAGAUGUGGAAAAGAAAGCGUGAGCAUGAGGAACAGUGGGAAGGAACAAGAGAACAAAGGGUUUCAAGCUGGAGAGACUUUAUGAAAUCUGGAAAGAAGGCCAAGAAAGGAGAAAUCCGGCCUCCGAAGCUCAAGACAGAAGACCCCAACAAGUCUUAUGUUCAAAGGCCUGUAAAGAGAGGUUAAUUGCUUCAUCUGGCUUGCCUUUUGAUUGGAUCGAGAAUCGAGCUUCAUGAAGCUGCAGAUGUAGGAGAAAUCUGUAUCAGUGUUCCUCUGGAUUGUUAACAGAUCUAUCACACAUUGUGUUUAACCUGAGAAGUGAUAGUAAUGAUCUCUCUGUACGUCAUUAAGACGAAACCCCUUGUAAGGAAUUUUAUGUUUGAAUUGCAUAAGAAUUAUCUUUUACCAAAAAGAUUAGGCAAGAAUUAUCAACACAAAUUAUAUAGCUGUUGCUUGGGACUGUCACGUUUAUGUCGCUGUAUGCACAAAGUAGAUUAU